AUGGUGCAGCAGAUGAAUGAAGCUUCACCACCGUCAACUCCGGGGAAGCUAAAACAAGAAAAACCUCAUCACAUUCAUCGCUUCAGAAUCCAUUCUUCACAUUCUAGACUGACACUUUUCACCUCUCUUUUCCUCGCUUUUAUUCUCCUUUUUUUCCUUUUCACCUUCACUUCUCCGCCGUCGCCAACCACCGCACCCCGCCGUGUGUUAGGAGACUCAUGGGGAGGUUCUCAAUGGGAGCGGCUUGUUUCCAAAUCGGCUCGCCGAAACUCUGCCUCUGGUCAUACCGUUCUUGUUACCGGCGCCGCUGGUUUUGUCGGUGCUCAUGUCUCCCUCGCUUUAAAGCGCCGCGGUGACGGUGUUCUUGGAAUUGAUAAUUUUAAUCGGUAUUACGACCCUAACCUAAAGCAAGCUAGGAAGAAGCUUCUCGAACGCGCCGGAGUUUUCGUCGUUGACGGUGAUAUAAACGACGGCCGUCUCCUCAAGAAGCUUUUCGAUGUGGUCCCGUUUACUCACGUGAUGCACCUCGCGGCGCAGGCUGGUGUUCGUUACGCUAUGCAAAAUCCUGGCUCGUAUGUUCACAGUAAUAUAGCUGGUUUUGUGAAUCUCCUAGAAGCUUGUAAAUCGGCGAAUCCUCAACCGGCGGUUGUUUGGGCUUCGUCGAGUUCAGUUUACGGUCUGAAUUCCAAAGUUCCGUUUUCGGAGAAAGAUCGAACUGAUCAACCGGCGAGCCUCUACGCCGCGACGAAGAAAGCCGGUGAAGAAAUCGCGCAUAGUUAUAACCAUAUUUAUGGUCUUUCGAUAACCGCGCUGCGAUUCUUCACGGUUUAUGGACCUUGGGGUAGGCCAGACAUGGCUUAUUUUUUUUUCACAAAGGAUAUUUUGAAGGGGAAGGUGAUAACAGUGUAUGAAUCACCAGAUGGUGGAAGUGUGGCUAGGGAUUUCACUUACAUUGAUGAUGUUGUGAAGGGUUGUUUAGGGGCUUUGGAUACUGCAAAGAAGAGUACUGGUAGUGGUGGAAAGAAAAAGGGUUCAGCUCAAUUUAGGGUUUUCAAUUUGGGGAAUACUUCACCUGUUCCUGUCACUGAGCUUGUUGCUAUAUUGGAGAAGCUUUUGAAGGUUAAGGCCAAGAAGAAGAUUCUUCCUAUGCCGAGAAAUGGCGAUGUUAAGUUUACUCAUGCUAAUAUUAGUUUGGCUCAAAGGGAUCUUGGUUAUAUACCUACUACUGAUUUGGAAACAGGGUUGAAGAAGUUUGUCAAGUGGUAUCUUGAGUUUUAUUCUACUGGGUUUUACAAGAAGGGUUCUUGGUUUAAACUAGCCUGUCAGCUGGUGACAAAGUAA